AUGAGAUUUUUUUUUAAAUUUUCGCUCGUUGUGUUUUUCUUCUUUGUUUCUUUCAUUCAGAUAUUCAUUUUUACUUUCAUUUUUUCUCUCACAUUUUCUUUCAUUUAUUCUUUCAUUUUUUCUUUCAUUUUUCUCUCAUUAUUUCUUUCUUUUUUAUCAUUUUUCUUUCAUUAUUCUAUCAUUUUUUCUUUUAUUUAUUCUUUCUUUUUCCUUUCAUUUUCUUCACAUAUUUAUUUCCUCUUAGAAUAUUCAAUUUUUAUUUUAUUUUAUUUUUUACUUCAUUUUUUGUUAAAUUUUAUUCAUUUUUUCCUUCAUUUUUACUAUUAUUUUUCUAUCAUUUUUUCUUUCAAUUUUUCUUUCAUUAUUUUCUUUUAUUUUGUCUUUCCUUUUUUCUUUCAUUUUACUAACAUCUUCACUUCUUUUUUUGUUAGAGUGAUUCUUCAUUUUUUUCUUCUUUUAAAGAGAAUUUUCUUCAAUUUUCGCAAGCUGUGUUUUGUUCUUUCUGUUUCUCUCAUUCAGAUAUUCAUUUUUUCUCUCAUUUUUCUUUCUUUUUUCCUUCAUAUUUUCUUUGCUUUUUUCUUUCAUUUUCUUCACAUAUUCACUUCUUCAGAUAACUUUCAUUUCUAG